AUGAUCACGCUCUCGGGAUCCAACCCCUUCACCGACGACCAUGCCGACCCACCUUCGCCGACCGAGACGAUCCCGCCAGGCUAUGGGGAAUCUUCAGCCCCGCCAUCUUUGCCACCAAACUACGUCCUGACCGUCCGCCCGAGUGUACCCCGAAUAUACACAUUCUCGUCCUGGAGCCACGAUUCGAUGUUCCUGCUUCCACCGCGUGAUGCGGAUCGGACGCUCACACCGGUUUACAACAUAUCAGUCGCAUUGAACCUCAAUCCGUUCGCGCCUCUGUCAUAUGUGACCACGAUCAGGAGAGGGAUGGACGACGAUGGGGAGGUUGUGGGCGAAUUCGAGCUCGCCGUGAUGCACAAGAGGGCGUUCGUCACAAUCGGGAACCACUCCUCGCGCAUGUCAAGCGUGCUCAAACAAGACAGCCGUUCAGGGCGCAACUUUCUCUGGCGAUACGGCGAUGUCGAGCUCCUCUGGGAUACUCGUACGACCCUGGAGGAUGGGUCCCCCAUAUGCAUCUGUUCGGACGCACGCUCGAACCAGCUGGCCUCCUUCGUCCCGCCUCCGCUCGAUGCGUCGCCACCCUUGCCACCGGCGACACUCACCGUCUUCCCGGACGGACACGAGCUCCUCGACCACAUUCUCAUCUCCGCGCUGGUCGUCGAGCGCAAGAUCACGCUCUCUUUUUGA